AGGAAUGCAGGCAGUAGCUCAGAUGGAACAGAAGACUCUGAUUUCUCUACUGACCCUGAGCAUACAGACAGCUCUGAAAGCGAUGGCACGUCACGGCGAUCCGCCCGUGUGACCCGAUCCUCAGCCAGACUCAGUCAAAGCUCUCAAGAUUCCAGCCCAGUUCGUAAUCCACCGUCGUUCGGAGCAGAAGAGCCUGUCUAUUCCACGAGGAGGGUGACCCGCAGCCAGCAGCAGCCCGCUCCCGUGACUCCAAAGAAGUACCCGCUCCGGCAGACUCGCUCAUCUGGGUCAGAGACUGAGCAAGUGGUUGACUUUUCUGAUAGAGACACUAAAAAUGCAGCGGAUCACGAUGAGUCUCCACCUCGUACCCCCACCGGGAAUGCCCCUUCCUCAGAGUCUGAUAUUGAUAUCUCCAGUCCAAAUGUAUCCCAUGAUGAGAGCAUUGCCAAGGACAUGUCCAUGAAGGAUUCUGGAAGUGACCUGUCUCACCGCCCUAAGCGCCGCCGCUUCCAUGAAAGCUACAAUUUCAACAUGAAAUGUCCCACUCCUGGUUGUAACUCUUUAGGACACCUGACUGGAAAACACGAGCGACACUUCUCCAUAUCGGGGUGCCCGCUGUAUCAUAACCUCUCAGCAGACGAGUGCAAGGUGCGAGCGCAGAGCCGGGAUAAGCAGAUUGAGGAGAGGAUGCUGGCCCACCGGCAGGAUGACAACAACAGGCAUGCCACCAGGCACCAGGCACCAACAGAGAGGCAGCUGCGAUACAAAGAGAAAGUAGCUGAGCUCAGGAAGAAGAGGAACUCAGGACUAAGCAAGGAGCAAAAAGAAAAGUAUAUGGAGCACAGACAAACCUAUGGCAAUACUAGGGAACCUCUACUUGAAAACCUGACGAGUGAGUACGACCUCGAGCUCUUCCGAAGAGCGAACGGGCGUCUUAGGACCUGGUUGGGAAAGCAGCGUGAAGUGGCAAGGAGGUACCUUGAGUGCGUUCCUGGAGUUAGCCACGUGCGGGUUCGCAAGGACCAGUCAGUAACGGAAAAGUUGCGGCUCCAGGGCCAGAUCACAGAAGGCAGCAAUAUGAUUAAAACAAUCGCUUUUGGCCGUUACGAGCUGGAUACCUGGUAUCAUUCUCCCUACCCAGAGGAGUAUGCUCGUCUGGGACGUCUCUACAUGUGUGAGUUCUGUCUCAAAUAUAUGAAGAGCCAGACCAUACUGCGCAGGCACAUGGCAAAAUGUGUUUGGAAACAUCCACCAGGUGAUGAAAUCUACCGCAAAGGCUCCAUUUCGGUGUUUGAAGUGGAUGGGAAAAAGAACAAGAUCUACUGUCAAAACCUGUGUCUGCUGGCAAAACUUUUCUUGGACCAUAAAACACUGUAUUACGAUGUUGAACCCUUCCUCUUCUAUGUCAUGACAGAAGCUGACAACACUGGCUGUCACCUGAUAGGAUAUUUCUCCAAGGAGAAGAAUUCUUUUCUCAACUACAAUGUUUCUUGUAUCCUGACAAUGCCUCAGUAUAUGAGGCAGGGUUACGGCAAGAUGCUCAUUGACUUCAGCUAUUUGCUUUCUAAAGUAGAAGAAAAAGUUGGCUCUCCGGAACGCCCUCUGUCUGAUUUAGGUCUCAUCAGCUACCGUAGUUACUGGAAGGAAGUUCUCCUUCGUUACCUGCAUAAUUUCCAAGGAAAGGAGAUCUCUAUAAAAGAAAUCAGCCAGGAGACCGCAGUAAAUCCUGUCGACAUUGUUAGCACGUUGCAGGCGCUUCAGAUGCUCAAGUACUGGAAGGGAAAACACCUGGUCCUAAAAAGACAGGAUCUGAUUGAUGAAUGGAUAGCCAAAGAGGCAAAAAGAUCCAACAGCAAUAAGAUAAUGGAUCCCAGCUGUUUGAAAUGGACCCCUCCUAAGGGAACUUAACUGUCUAUCACUCCUGAAGCCAGUGAACCCCAGCAGUAGGAAGUACCCUAGGGAUCUCUGUCGUAUCUGUUGCUGUUGUGAUUGGCUGGUACAGUACCCUCCCGAAAGAUCAGUUCCCCUUGGUACUGUUCUGGCCCAGAUCUUUUGUGCACACCACAGACGCUAGUUCUGAGGAACUUUAUGUUUCGGCCUCAAUGAGGUUGCAAGGAUUGGAUCUGUAUAGGACCCAAACGAAGCUCCUAGCAGCGCUGGCCCAAGGAGUUCUGAUAUCUGGUACUGUACCUGUCCAGUCACUGGUCUUACCCUCAUGUUCUUAUUCCGAUGAGGUUGUGUUGUGUCCUAUAAUCUGGUUGUUUCUUCCUUCAGGUUCCUUGCGUUCGAAGUAAUGGAGAUAACUUCUGUGGCUUUUGAACAAGGUCUAAUAAUGCUUGUUUGGGGAAAGUCUGGUUUUCCAGCAAGCUGCAGUUACACUGACUUCAGCAUUUUUAACUAGUCCUGCCUGAAGGACUGUUCCGUGUCUCCAAUAGUUUUAGUAAGAUAACACGCCGCCUCUUUCAGCGGUGGUUUCGGCAGGAUAUAGCAGCUCUUCACGUAGUGGGGCUGUGCAGUCAG